AUGAAUUUGAUGAAGCAGUGGAAACCUAGCUCUGACCUGAAAAUUGAAUUUGACAUCGCCAUGAAUGUGAACGCAAUGGGAGCUUUGAACGUCUUAAACUUCUCAAAGAGGUGUAGAAAGAUGCAACCCUUCAAGAUGGGUCAAACAUUGAAGAGAGGUAGAGAAUUAGACAUUCACCCGGGACUGAGUUUUAUGAAGAAUAGAUUGCAGCAACUCCAAGCGCUGAAUGAUAGUUCAUAG